GAGCGCACUGGACACCUCAGACGGACGGUGGCCCGGGAUCAGCGGCUCAGGCCAGUCCCAGACGCACCCUCCGCGCGCGCGCGCCAUGGCCCGGCUGCUCCGGGCAUCCUGCCUUUUCUCCCUGCUCCUGGCCGGCCUCGUGCCGAGCCUGGGGCAGGAGAAGUCGAAGACGGACUGCCAUGCUGGUGUGAGCGGCACCAUCUAUGAGUAUGGAGCCCUCACCCUCAACGGGGAGGAGUACAUCCCCUUCAAGCAGUAUGCCGGCAAAUACGUCCUCUUUGUCAACGUGGCCAGCUUCUGAGGCCUGACGAGCCAGUACGUUGAACUGAAUGCACUACAGGAAGAGCUGCAACCAUUUGGUCUUGUCAUUCUGGGCUUCCCCUGCAACCAAUUUGGAAAACAGGAGCCAGGAGAGAACUCGGAGAUCCUACCUAUCCUCAAGCAUGUUCGGCCGGGUGGGGGCUUCGUCCCCAAUUUCCAACUCUUUGAGAAAGGAGAUGUGAACGGGGAGAAAGAGCAGAAGGUCUACACGUUCCUGAAGAACUCCUGCCCUCCCACCUCGGAGCUCCUGGGCUCGCCUAACCGCCUCUUCUGGGAACCCAUGAAGAUCCAUGACAUCCGCUGGAACUUUGAGAAGUUCCUGGUGGGGCCGGACGGUAAACCCAUCAUGCGCUGGUACCACCGGACCACGGUCAACAACGUCAAGAUGGACAUCCUGGCCUACAUGAGGCAGCAGGCAGCCCUGGGGGUCAGGGGGAAGUAACCAGGCCUGCCCCACCCCACGUCCACCACGCGGGGCCGGGGAGGGACUCUGUUCAGGAAGGAACCCGUAUCUCCAGCCACACUACUCCUACCACAGACCCUUCUUACUAUACAAGGCCCCAGUAUGCACACAGUGUGUCUCUACUGCUGUGCAUGUGGGUGUUUGCCCACAUGCCCACAGGUGUGAGAUCAUGUGUGAAUGCACCUGAGUGUGCAGCCACAUGUGUCUACCUGGACGAAUACCCAGGAAUGUGUACCAAUAUGUGCCCAUGGCUGUGUGCUGUGGAGAAUGCUAGAGAGUAACACCCUUUCUCUCCAGUUCUCUGCCCCAGUGAUAACAAUUCACUGAGCCGAGCCCAAAGAAACCAGCUCUAGAUGCAAUUAUUCUGCUCUCCCUGGGCCUCAGCUUUGGGGCCAGCAUCUCCCCCUGCCUCCAAGUACCACCACUGCAGUGCCCAGAAGUUCCUGGGUCUACCACACUGUCCACCCUCCCUCCGCUCCUCUGUACGUCUCUCUCCUUCCUGAAGGGCCCUCCCAAGCCCCUCCCCCCACCCCACAGUGCUCCCUGAGCAGCCAAGGCAGACGUGAGAGUAAGGGCCACGUUCCCCGAGUCAGGAGUGGCAUCUCUAUGAAGGAGGGGCCCAAAGCCCUAGUGGGCGGACCUCCCCUGAGCCUGUCUGAGGGGCCAGCCUUUAGUGCAUUCAGGCUGAGACCCCAGGCAGGGAUGCCACCCCUGCUACUUCGGAGGAUGUGCUCUCACCCCUCACCCUUGCCCAUUGGCAUAGACUCACCCCCACCUGCCCAGUAAAGGCCUUUCUGCAGCA